AUGGUUGGAAGAAUCUCCCUCGUCGCCUGCCUUGGCCUUGUCGCCGGCUUAAACGCGCAUCAGACGACAGACUCGUUCAGAAACGAGGCAAGGGGUGCUGAAUCCCAACAUCAUUCCCGCGAUGUUCCUGUGUCUGAUCAGUCAUACGAUUACAUUGUCGUCGGUGGGGGGACUUCUGGAAUCGUGACGGCGCAGCGGCUGGUCGAGACGGGCAAAACGGUUCUAUUACUCGAACGCGGUGGUCCGUCGUACUACUCGACCGGAGGAAGCCCCACGGUGCCGUGGAACGACACCACAACCGCGUACGACAUCCCAGGUUACUUUUACGAACUGUUGUUGUCGGGCCUUGGCAGUUUGUGCACCGACGUACCCGAGCUAGCAGGCUGCGUUUUGGGCGGCGGCUCGGCCGUCAACGGGCUACAGUUCAUCCGGCCACCCAAGACUGACUUUGAGAACUGGCCCGAGGGUUGGAGAUGGGAGGACGGCCUCGACGCUGCGGCGGACCGUGUUUACCAGCGGGAACCCGGCACGACGAUGCCUUCUUCGGACGGCAAAUUCUACGACAAUGCUGUCUACGAUGUCAUGUCUGAGGAGCUCGCCGACAUGGGUUGGUCCAAGGUUGAUAGCAACAAGGAGCCUGAUAGGAAAACCAAGACCUAUGCGCCACCCGCAGUCCAAGUCAUCAACGGCCGCCGCUCCGGUCCUGCAAUCUCAUACUUGCCCCUGGCACAGGGAAAGCCCAACUUCACACUGAAGCUCCGCACCAAGGUGAUCCGCGCCGUGCGCACCAACUCAACUGUCACAGGGGUUGAGACUCAGUCCGAGUCAGGCGAGCGGCUCGUCUAUCCCGUCACGCCCGGAAGCGGCAAGGUCAUCUUUGCAGCGGGCACCAUGUCGACGCCGCGGCUGCUGUUCCACAGCGGCAUCGGCCCCCGGGACCAGAUCGAGAUGGCGCGACUGUCCCCGGAUAACGUAACCCUGCCGCCCGAGGAGGCAUGGAUCGAGUCGCCCGUCGGGGUCGUCAGGGACCACACCCUUUAUCUUAUGGAGUUCGAGGUCAAGGGUGGGCUGGACGCGCUCUCGUUGGCCGAUUUUGCGAACCCGUCACAGGAGAACAUCGACCUCUUCGCCAAGGGGGCGGGCCCGCUGACGCAGGCCUCCAGGCUCAACACCUUCACGUCGGUCGAGGACGGCACGGGCCACAAGAGGUAUUUCGUGACGCACUGGACCUCGGUGGCGGAGAACUCCGUCUUUGGCAGCAUGCAGAUGACGCAUGGGUCGACGUCGACGGGCAGACUCGGGCUGACGGCCGAGGGCAACACGGUCUGGACGCAGAGCCCUUGGCUGCAGACCGAGGGCGACAAGGAGGCCUUGGUGGUGGCCAUCGAUGAGCUGCUGGCCAUGAGCAGGAAGGAAAGCAGCCGGUUGGUUUGGAUCGGCUACGGUGGCGAGAAUGCGACGGGCGCCGACAUCGUCGAGAACGUCGCGGCUCAGAGUGGAGUGCACAUGACGGGCACCGCUAUCAUUGGCACUGACGACGGGAGCAAGGGCGGCAAGGCCGUCGUGGAUCUCGACACCAAGGUCUACGGGACAGAUAACCUGUUUGUCGUGGAUGCCUCGAUGCAUGCCGACCUGCCCACUGGUAACACGGUGGCCAUUGUCAUGGUGGCGGCUGAGAGGGCGGUCGAGAAGAUCAUCGCGCUUGGGUAG